UUUACUUGAGGUGUAAGAUAAGAAAUUAGAGCAUCAGUUUGAUGCUUCGUUGCUUUCCCACACAAAUUAGUUCACCCCUAAUUUUCUAGCAUUAUCAUUUCUGACCAGCCUAGAGCUUUCAACUGCCCCACCGCUAUAAUAAUCACACCAACCAACCCCUUCUCUCAAUUCAGUCUCACAACCUCCUAUCCGAUUUUUUAAUAUAUCGAAUAUAAAAGGUAGCUGCGCUGAAGGAGAAAGCCCGCCCCGCACUAAUAUGGCUCCAUUUGGAAAGAUGAUCGCACUAAUAAUGAUGAUGGGUCUGGUUAUGAUUGUCCGCACAGUUUCCGCCACCGAUCCAGAUUUGCUUCAAGAUGUCUGCGUUGCUGAUCUCAACUCAAGUGUGAAGGUGAACGGAUUCGCGUGCAAGAAGAAAUUCACGGCGGCGGACUUCUCGUCAACGGCGAUCGCGAAAGGCGGAGCGACCAACAAUACGAUGGGCUCGGUAGUGACGGCGGCGAAUGUGGAAAGAGUCCCUGGGCUGAACACCCUCGGCGUCUCCAUGUCCCGCAUUGAUUACGCUCCCCACGGCGUCAACCCUCCUCACACCCACCCACGCGCCACCGAGAUCAUCUUCGUCCUCGACGGGGAGCUCGACGUCGGCUUCGUCACCACCGCCAACGUCUUGGUCUCCAAGCACAUUACCAAGGGGGAGGUUUUUGUCUUCCCCAGGGGCUUGGUCCAUUUCCAGAGGAAUAGCGGCAAAGCUCCCGCCGCUGUGAUCGCCGCCUUCAACAGCCAGCUUCCGGGAACUCAGUCGAUCGCCGCCGCCUUGUUCGCGGCGUCGCCCACCGUCCCCGAUGAAGUGUUGACUAAGGCGUUCCAAGUUGGGACGAAAGAGGUGGAGAAAAUCAAGUCUAGGCUGGCACCUAAUAAGAAGUAAAGUAAUUCCCACGUCGCACACAUUUUUUCCAUUAUUAUUAUUUGAUGAGAUAAUAUAAUUCAAGUCAAAUACUCAAAUACAGUUGUGAUUUUUUUUUAUACUGGUCAAAUACAGUUAUACAGUUGUGAUUUAUACCCACUAGUAUUUCGAGCUAUGAACCCAGCUCAACACAGUAGUACUCCGGAUAAUUUGUGUCAAAUAAAGUUGUGAUUUAUAUUUUAUACUCCACUAGCGUUAUCCUUCCAUUAACAAUUUUGAUGGAGGGCAUUUUGUCAGGUUGGGUGCAAAAAUAAAGAUUUUUAAAAAC